CUAUAAACUUUACAAUCCGAAUGAAAUAAGAAAUUAAAAGUUCAAUAGUUGACAUAUAGUGCGUUGAACGAGAUACUGUUGUAUACAAAGAUACUGUUUGUAUUUAAAUAUUUUUUCAUUAAAUUUAGUAGGACUGACAGAAAAAAGUAAAAUUUUCGGUCAUAACUUGUUAACUUUUGCUUGAUUUGUCAGUCACUGUAGCUUGUUGCUAUAGUUCUUUUUCCAUUUAUCAUACGUAUCCGCCCUUUUAUUAAGAGUCACGAGUAAUUGAUCUAACAAGUUACUAGAACUUAAGGAGUGAGUAACGACUACGAAUUAAAGAGCUAAGAGUAUUCUUAUUGGAAUUGUGGAAGUAUAAUCAUGGCAGAAUUGGAAGAAAAAGUUAUAAUGACCCCAAAAAGUAAAACACCCACAUCUACUAUAUUGAUAGUUGAAAGGAAGGUCAUAGAAGCAGAACCUAGUGAUAAAAUACAUGUAGCUGGAGGUGAUCAUACUGGCAUAAUAAUAAAUAAGGAAAAAGUAUAUGAAAAUGGUGUAACAGAACCAUGCCAUGCUCAGCUAGAGUUCUGUGUUUACUUGGUAUCUGGUAUAACUGGUAACCAUACACGAGAAGCAAGAGCACUCAGAUUUUGGUUUAAACCUGAAGUUACUCAAAAUGAAUGCCCCCAUGAAGCGCAAGCAUUCUUCCGUGAACUAGUUAGCCCUCAAGAUUUUCCUAAAGAUUAUGUUGGCUUCAUAAAGAAGAUCAUUAAGCUAAUGCAAAAUAAAUAUCACCAAUUGAAACUUUUAGAAGUUGAACUAAGACAAGAAGGAAGUGGUCCACCGCCUCCAGAAGCAAAUGGUGAUAUUACGAGUAAGGCAAUUAUAUACAAGUAUUAUAAUGGUUCUUUCAUCGAAGAUAGCAUAGUAAACCAAACCUUUAUAUCGGAGCAAAAAGUACUGGAUAUGAUCGAAAAUGCCUAUCCUAAUCCACUUUCUGUUGAAGACUUUGUGACUGCUGGAAAAUGGUCAAAGACUGAAGUAAAAGAUGCUCUAGAGUCAUUGGAAGAAAAAGGAUUAACACGUUUAAUGUCCGACGGUGUGUAUGUACGUCAGCACAGUAUCGAUACACAAGUGGUAAAACAAAUGCCAACAUUGUGUUCGUCGCGACAACCCACUAUAGCCGUUGUGACAGCUCUGUACUGCGAGAAACAAGCCGUCGAUGCGAUGAUGGACAAUCAAGAGACGUAUGUCCGAUACACUACUGUCGGUGAAUCAAAUGUCUAUACUUUGGGUACUAUUGGCAGUCAUCGAGUUGUCACCACUAAGUUGCCAUCAGUUGGAAGAACUAGAGAAGCAAUGACAGCUGCCGGAAACACUACAACAAGGCUUCUCGGAAUUUUCCAGAAGGUGGAUUACGUGUUUUUGGUAGGCGUAGGCGGAGGGGUUCCACACUACACAGACUACUCGAAGCAUGUGAGGCUAGGCGAUGUUGUUGUUUCGACGCCCGCUUCGGAUUUGCAAGAUAAGUACGUGUAUAUUUUCUGCGAAAAAGCGGAACGAAAUGACAAGGGCGGAUUUGACUACGAGGUGAAACCCUACAAGCCAGCGGACUACCUCUUGCAGCACAUCGCUUUACGACUCGCAAGUACAUCUGCUUCAUGGAGCAUAUAUGUUAAAGAAGGAUUGGAUCGUCUAAGGGGCGUUCCAGGAAGAUGGGAGCCCCCGGAAGAAGCCACGGAUCGCUUGUGCGUGGAUGUCGGUGGAGGAGCAUUCAUAGAAGUGUCUCACCCAGCACCUCAAGGGGAAACGAUCCGCAGCGCGCGCGUGCACUGCGCGCCGGUGGCGGGCGGGCGCGCCGUGGCGAGCGCGGGAGAGGCUCGCGCCGCCUUCGCCGCGCAUGCGCGCGCACUCGCAUACGACUGCGAGCUGGACGCCGUGCUCGACAGCGUCGUCGGCAACUGCAAGGACUGUUUUAUAUCGAUUAGAGGUAUCUCUGAUUACCGCGACGGCACUCGUGGCAAGGACUGGCAGCCGCACGCCGCCUUGGCCGCGGCCGCUGUCAUGAAGGCGAUCAUCAGCGCCAUGGCGCCGCCCACAGACUAAACAAGGAGACGGUAACAAUAUCUUUCUUCACAAUAAUUGUGGGCCUUAAACACUUUAUAGGAAUAAACGAAUUAUUUAUUAAUUUAUUGGUCAUUUGGACCGUCUCAAUAUAUGACCUAAUUUUUAAAUGUAACACACUUCAUACGAAGCUUUAUUGUAUUGACGCUACAAUCGUUUUAAAAUUGGAAAUUCUAACAUCAGAAUGAUAAUAAAGUACAAUCAAUAAACGACCCAACCGGUUCAGAAAUAUUUCAAAAAUAGAAAAAAACAUAUUCAUCGAGUACUGCAUUGUGAAGCUGGCAUUUAACCGAACGACGUGUUUAUAAUAACACAUUUUAUAGAGAAGUAGAAGAAACAUAAUUGUAGUUAUUAAUUAGACGAAAUUACAGGUCCACUUGCCUUACUUUACUUGUUAGAAUUCUAGUAUAGAACUUACUUAUUUAUAUUCUAUUAAACACUAGUUAUACAUCAGUUUUUUUUUAAUGUUACAACUUUAUUAACGUUACAUCGUAUUACACAGUAGAAUUCCUCCCAUUAUCUAUUUUAAAUAUCUUCCAAUAAGUGUGUUGAAAAAGGUUUGUUAAGUUUUUAUAGUCCUUCCAUGAAUUUCUGAUUGAGACUUGAAUGUAACUAAUCUACAAAAUAAUAUUUGACAUUGUUGUUCAUGAUUUCAAAUUUUCCAUUUAAUAAAUAUAUAUAUAUAUCACGUGUCUUCUUAUAUUAAAAUAAGGCUUUCGUAUCACGCUCAUAAGGUAAAAAUUUAUUUAAUUUCAAACCAGUAGAAUAUGAGGGUACAAUAAUCAUCUCUCAGCCGAAAGACGUCCACUGCUGGACAAAGGCCUCCCCCGAGGAUUUCCAUUUUGGCCGGUCUUGCACUGCCCGCAUCCAACGGCUUCCCGAGACUCUUUAUGUCGUCGGUCCACAUUGUAGGGGGCCUGCCCACGCUGCCUCUACAAUAAUUAUAGCCAGGCUAUUGUUGAGAAAACCCCCCUUCGUUGUAUAAAAUAUUAAAACGACGUGCUAAUGGAGUUCACAAAGUUACCAAAGUUUUAUAAAGUCACUAUAUUCAUUAUUUAUUUUUUGGUCAAAUACCUUUUUAUGAUUUUAUUGCCAGAACAUAGUAUGUAGACAAAAUUUUAGACUAACUAACUAUUCCUCUGCCAUAAAUGGCCUAUUUAUGUGGGAAAAUAUUUAUAUUCAGAAAUUGAUAUGUUUUACAAUUUGUUGUGAAAACCAAAGGUUUUACUUUCGGCUGUUUUAUACAGGUCUAGUCGCCUGGAAUGUUACAUUUAUUUAUAAUAAUAUUGAACUUAGAUAUACCUUAUACACAUUAUAUUUAUAAAACGAUUUGAUAUAUAUGAACGUUGAAUUUGAAUGUUAUAAUCAUUCGUUAAAAUUUGUUACCCCGUGUGAGCAAUGUUGUGAUUAACGUUCGUUUCAUUAAAACUUGUACAAAAUGUCUUUUUCACGUAUAAAGUGACAUGUAUUUUAUUUAAAGAUGACCUUUGUAAAAACAGUUAUAAAUUUAAUUUGAAAGGUGCUGUUAUUUAAUCCAGUAAGUAGCAGUAAGCAGUGAGCAGCAAAAUAAGCUGAAAAUAAAAAAUAAUAAAAAAUGACGUACCCAUUUUAUUUUGUACAACUUCUAAUGAAAUGAAUAGACCAUAAAUGUAGUUCAUAGCGUUUUCUAUUAGUUUUAUUUAGAAAUAGUAGAUAAGAACAUGAAUCAUUACUCAUUACACACAUUUUAUUACUUACCUUUGACAUUUUAUCAUAGACGAUAUUUAUUUUUUUGUCAACACAUAUUUUGUACGAAUUCAUUUAAUAUUAAGAUGACAUUUGAAAAUUGUUACUUUGCAUUGUAAUUCCAAUGUUAUAGUGAGAUUUUUGUCCUGUAUUCAAUCCAGUAAGUUAUUUAAAAUAUUAAUUUAAUUACAAAUGAUUACUGUUGUAUUAUUUGCUGUAUAUUGAGUGUCUUUUUCGUGUUAAUCUUUUGUAUUUUGUAAUCGCACAAAUAAA